CUUCUUGUUCCUCCUCAUCUCUCCAUCUUAACUUCACUCUUCAUUGGUGGUUGCACCUUUUCUUCUUCUUCUUCUUCACCAAAAAUCACUGUUGAAAGAGGGAGAAAUGGCAACCAGCAGCACCUCCUUGGAAGACGUACCUUCGUUGGACAUCAUGACUGAACUCCUUCGCCGAUUCAAGUGCUCCUCCAAGCCCGAUAAACGCCUCAUCCUCAUUGGUCCACCCGGGUCUGGAAAAGGCACCCAAUCCCCCAUCAUUAAGGAUGAAUACUGCCUAUGCCACUUGGCAACAGGUGAUAUGUUGAGAGCAGCUGUUGCAGCUAAAACCCCACUCGGGAUUAAAGCCAAGGAAACCAUGGAGAAGGGAGAACUAGUGUCUGAUGACUUGGUGGUUGGGAUCAUUGAUGAAGCAAUGAAGAAGCCAUCUUGUCAAAAGGGAUUCAUUCUUGAUGGGUUUCCUAGGACAGUUGCGCAAGCAGAAAAGCUUGACGAAAUGCUUGAGAAGCAAAGAACCAAGAUUGAUAAAGUGCUUGAUUUUGCAAUCGAUGACUCCAUCUUGGAGGAGAGAAUUACUGGUCGUUGGAUCCAUGCUUCAAGUGGUAGAACAUACCACACGAAGUUUGCACCUCCCAAGGUUCACGGCGUUGAUGAUGUUACUGGAGAGCCUUUAAUGCAACGGAAAGAUGAUACCGCAGAAGUUCUCAAGUCAAGGCUCCAGGCUUUUCACCGCCAAACUGAACCCGUUAUAGACUACUACAAAAAGAAGGGCGUUGUUGCAAAGCUUCAUGCGGAAAACCCCCCUAAGGAGGUGACCGUCGAGGUUCAGAAAGUUUUGUCGUCUUAACAGAUGCCGCAACUUUCUCUUUUGAUUAUCUUAAUGUUAUAUCUAACCCGAUACAACAUCAGAUCGGCAUCUACAUUUGUGCUACAAUUUGCAUAUUUCUUAGCAUUAUGCAAAGGUCACUGAGAUACAUAAACCUGUACCAGAAUAAAACGCUUUCAUGUUAUACCAGAAAAUCAUUUACAAGUCUGAUGAAGUUUGAUCUUCUUAAUUCAUUAUUUCUUAUAGAUGUUUGUCAAUCU